AUGUUUGUGUCGGCAGACGCCACCGUCAAACUCCACCACAGUGCGGACCCCUUGUUUGGAUGCCACCUGUCUGCGGCAUAUGUGCCCUUUGCGUCCGACGCCUCCUUUCCUCAGCGUCGCUCGGGGCAGGCAAAAGCGAAAGACGUCGUGGCAGCCGCCAAGGGGGAGUUCGCCAACUGGAGCAACACCAUCGAUGUUACCGGUCCAGCUACGACCGCUUUCCAUUACCGGAGUCGCCAUGAGACGAUGGAACCGCUCGCGCUUGUCCAGGAUGACUAUGGGGUCAACGGCAACGCCCCGGUUUCCUUCAACGUAAUCGAUACCUCCGAUCUCCUGGAUCGCCUCCGCGGGCUGAACCUCUUCGCUGCCACCUCGCCGCUUCUUGACGGUGAUGCCUCAUCCAGCCUUUACACAGAUACCCUCAUUCAACAUGGCGCCAAUUCCCCUCAAGAACACCUCGACAACCUCGUUGGGGGCCAUCUCGCGACAGCCUCUUUGCUCGUAGGCCUGCUUCCUAUCGAGUAUUUGACAAAUACCGCCUCUUCGUCUGGGGGCGAUGGCCAAUUACUUGGUGCCUUCGUGACCCCGUACUUUAAGCUGGAAAACAGCCACAAUGAGCCGAUGCACACGAGGAUUACAUGGAAGCGCCCGCCAUUGAGUCAAGGGGCAGGAUGGGACCCUCUGCACAUCGAUGCCGAAGAACUUGCGGCGCUCCUUUACAGGAUUUAUGUCGGCAUGUUUCCGGUCGAGCAGGUGCACACCAUGUUUGGUAAGGCCAGCUCUGAGUGGCUCGAGUACGCUUCAACCAUCCGGAACACCCGCCCGGGCUUCUCAGCUUUAGUCGCGCUGGUCAAGGGGCGCGUCGUGACGGACUGGGACAGCGCCAUGAAGAAACUAUUCGCGCUCAUCAUGUCCGACCAUGAAGAGCUUCGGCCACCGCCGUGCAACCGACCCAAGGCCCAGCCCCAUUCUGGCAGGGUGGAAGAACAUGCCGCCAUCCGUUUGCAUCACGCUGAAGGUGCCACGGUCGACACUUCGACCCUUGACAGACCCCCCCGCUCACAUUGUAGGAACAACCCCCUUGCAAGUCACGAUGUGGAGGUCUCAGGAAACCCUUUGCCUUUUGAGUACACCUUUGUGGCGUUGCAACUCGGAUUCGGUACACUCCCCACCAACGGGUCGCGCUUCACCAACUCCUUCGCAGUCAACAUCAAGGAAGACCUACAGGUCUGGCAUGGGAAUUCUCCCUUGUUUGUCACCUUCAGGGUUCCAUCCGACAUCAUCCUCUUCGAGCCACAACCCACGGGUAUCUACUUGGGCAUCCAGGCCACUCCUACUACCGCCCCGCUCCUCUUUCAGCAACUCAAGAGCGUGGCGCGUGACAUGAGCUUGUUCAAGACGACAAUCGGAGACACUGGCAAUGUAGUUCAGAGCAACUCGGGCAUCGCCACAACCACGACGGCCUGCACCGACCACUCAACCUCGAGGGUCACGUUUCUCUCCGUCCGCACCAACCUCCUCUCCGGCAACCUGCGCGCUGCCCUCACUAACGGUGCCACCGUCCAAACCACCCCGGCCUCUCCGUGCGUCUUCACCGUCACGGUUGGCACAACCCCCUUCACCGUCACCUUCCCGUUCCCGGUCCUCGCCGACACGCCCCCCCUCACCCUCAUCUGCUACACCACCCCCUACACCACCCUCUCCACCCACCCCCGCCUCCUCCUCCUCCCCACCACCCCCACCAUCAGCCCCAUCAUCAACCUCGACCUCCUCCGCUUCAUGCACGUCCACACCGUCCAGCGCUUCACCCCGCGCGACGUCCGCCAGCGGCCCACCCCACCCGCAUCCGACCAUCUCCCGUCCACGCCGACCCGCGAGGCGCGCGCCCGCGUCUUGCUCAAGGUGACGCUCUGCGAGCUGCUCUUCCGGGCAACGGGCGUGCCGCUGGGGCCGGUGUCGGUGGUGGUGCCGGCGCAGGUGCGCGGGAGUCAGGGGGGUGGUGGUGGAGGGGGAGGAGGGGGGGGCGGGGAAGAGCGAGCGGCUCUUUGUGCUGCGCAAUCGGGCGGCGCUGUCGCCGGCGGCGGGGGGCGAUAUCAUGGUGUUUGUGUCGGCGGUGCGGUGGGAUGUGGCGCGGGGUGGCGUGGUGCUGGAUUGUGCGGUGCUGGUUGUGACGGAGCCCGUGUUCAGGCGGUUGGGCGGGUAUGA